ACUAGAGGCAUUUAAAUCUUAGGGUAAACAUCUCCGAACGUUUACAAGCUGACAUUCUUUGGAGAUGAUGGUAUGGAUAACAUGGACGUUUACUACAGUCGCCGCAGGACUUUUUGCAAUUCUGGUAUUCCAAAGGAUGACUUACCCAUUCUUUUGGGAGGAUUUUAUUUAUUACCUAAACCUUCGGAAGGUUGGAAAGGCGUUGAAGUCUCGUAUGCAGAGAGGAGUCAUCACUUACCUCGACAGCUUUCUUUAUCAGGCAAAGAAGACGCCUGACAAGGCUUUCAUAGUGUUUGACAGUCAAACGCUCACUUACCAGGACGUUGAUAAAAGAAGCAACCAAUUCGCGAAAGUAUUCAGAACAGAAGGUGGCUUGAAGAAGGGUGAUAUUGUAGCGCUACUGAUGAGCAACGAGCCUGAUUUUAUUUGUGUGUGGUUUGGACUCAGUAAACUGGGCUGCGAGGUCGCCUUCCUUAAUUUCAAUAUCAAAUCCAAAUCGCUCCUAUAUUGUUUUGAAAGUUGUGGAGCGAAAUCACUCGUCGUAGGCGCAGAUUUGGUGAGUUCACUGGGCGAGGUGUUACCCUCCCUUAAGGAGAAUGCCAUUGAGGUGUGGGUCACGGACAUUGGCUGCCCUCACGAAGGGGUCAACACGUUACUGGACAAGGUGGAGCAGGCCUCAGACCUGGCCUUACCUGACUCUCCUAGAGCUGACCUCAUGUCCAACUUCCUGUUCAUCUUCACAUCAGGAACAACCGGACUUCCUAAGGCAGCCCGGGUGGGACAUCUCAAAGCCGUCAUGUGCAUGGCCUUCCUUGGGCUAUGCGGAGCCCGUUCGGAUGACAACAUUUACAUCACUCUGCCCCUAUACCACAUGACCGCCUCUCUGCUGGGUAUUGGUGGAUGCAUACAGCUUGGGGCAACGUGCAUAUUGAAAAAUAAGUUUUCUGCCAGUCAAUUUUGGAAAGACUGCGUGAAAUAUAAUGUGACCGUAUUUCAAUACGUCGGCGAGCUCUGUCGCUACCUGGUCAACCAGCCUGUGGUCCCUGAGGAAAGGGUCCACAAAGUGCGUGUUGCAGCAGGGAGUGGUCUGAGGGCAGAUGUCUGGAGGGAGUUUGCCAGACGCUUUGGGAAGAUCAAUGUCCGGGAGGCCUACGGUUUAACUGAGGCCAGCAUUGGCUUUGUCAACUACACCAAUGAAAUAGGACCUAUCGGAAGGGCGGGCUAUUUCAACAAGCUUAAUAUGCCCUUUGAGUUCUUGAGUUGUGAUCCCCAAACAUAUGAGCCCAUACGGACCGCCGCAGGACGAUGUGUCAAAGCAAAUAAAGGAGAGACGGGCAUCCUGGUGGCCCCGGUGUCGGCCAUGAAUCCUUUCCUGGGGUACGCUGGGAAUAAGAUUCAGUCAGAGAAGAAGCUCCUCAGGGACGUGUUCAAGGAGGGAGACGUGUACUUUAACACAGGAGACCUCAUGCUCCAGGACCACAGAGACUUUGUCUACUUCCGUGACCGUAUCGGAGAUACCUUCAGGUGGAAAGGAGAGAAUGUGGCCACCACAGAAGUUUCAGAGAUUCUCGGAAGUCUGGAGUUCCUGCAGGAAGUGAACGUCUAUGGUGUCACUGUGCCAGGUUAUGAAGGCAGAGCGGGUAUGGCAGCCGUCGUCUUAAAGAUAGACAAACAUCUGGAUGGUAAAAAACUCUACAACCAUUUGGUCCAAAGUCUCCCCACCUACUCAUGGCCCUGGUUUCUACGGAUCCAGACAUCCAUAGAUGUGACCGAGACCUUCAAGCAGCAGAAGAAGAAGUUGGUGCAGGAGGGCUUCAGCCCUGAGGCCGUCCAGGAGUCCCUGUAUUUCUUGGACCUAUCCCAGAGAGACUACGUCCCACUUACUCAGUCUCUGCAUGAUGACAUUGUCUCCGGAAAGAUACGCCUCUAGACUGUUGAGUCAAUGGACUGCAACAGUUUGACAGUGAAUUCAGCAGGACUAAACAGAAAAGUGUAUUUCUGAUAUAACAGGUUUAUAUAUUGAAUUUUAGUUUCCAUUAAGGGAUUAUACAAUAUGGUCAUUUUUAGCAGAUGCUUUUAUCCAAAGCAACUUACAAUUCGCACCUGAGCCAGCAAAACCACAUAGUUCACCCAAACAUUAAUACCUCAAAAGUGGUCCAAAAAGAGUCCAUAUUUUGCACCGUCCAUUGUGUACUAUGUAAUGCUAGAUAGUACAUUAGGAGAAUAUGCAGGCCUCAAUCCAAAAUGUAAUGAAAAGAUUGGCUACAUCUAAUUGAAUUUAAAUGUAAUUUCAUUUUAUGUCCUAUGUGGCAUCACAUGCUGAUCAGCAUACCAUGUUUCAGUCAGGCUAACCCCUAAAGCUUGACCUGCAGUUGUCUUUUCCUGUCCACAACUCUGGGCCUUAAUUAUAUCCCCUAAUUAGGACUUGGAGUUUUUCCUGGUCAAGUCACAUGGUCAGGAGCAACUUCAAGCCAUAAGUAUUUUUUACAAAGCUAUUAAGUUAUGGUAAUUAGUUAAUGAUUUUAGGACUUGCAGCUGGUUUUAUCAAGAGUGACCACACAGUGGUUUAGUUCUUAUCAAAGCCAAACGGCAAAUGUUAUUUAACCUUUUACUUAACCAGGAAAAGACCCUUGAGGUUAGAAACCUCUUUUGCGAGCGGGACCUGAGCAGGAAAUAGGAAACAAACCCAGUUAAUCCCACCAUUUUAAUCCAUAGCUGCUUUCUAUAAAUUUAGACCUUUCAGAAACUAGAGCUACUUUUGCUUGACUACUAGGUGGCAUUUGAAUAAUGACCGUGCAUAUUGUAUGUAGGCCCAGUUUUUUUUACAGAGACUAGAUAACGUUGAGAACGACUUUCUUCCGUGGUUAUUUUUUGUGUUUAUGAUUAGGUAUUAGAUUAUUGCAUAGGUUUUAUGUGAAUAUAUUGAGUGUGUGUAUAUGUAUAUGUAUAUGUGUGUGUAUAUAUAUAUAUAUAUAUAUAUAUAUAUAUAUGACAUUUAUAGACAUAAUUUGUUUUGUGGUUAUGAUGACUAUGUUAUAAUAACAGCACACUGGUGACUCACUUUAGUGAAACGUACAUAUCUGCAUCCUGACAUUCUGGAAGGAAAACUUAAGUUUAGGCAUAAGGGUCAAAAUUAAUUAAGGUUAAAUUGAUUAAGGUUAGGUUUAGGAAGAGGGUUAGGUUAAGGUUAGGUAUUGUUUCAGUGAGGUUAUGGUAAGGGUUAGGGAAAGGGAUAAAAGUUGACAUGGGGUUAGCGUACCACCGUCCGCCACCAUUCAUUUUCUGAUGGAUGUAAAUAUAUACAGCCUUUUUUCUGGCCUUUUUACAUGUUUUGAUAGCAUUCCAACGCUAAUAGCUCCAGUCAUCCUAAACGUUGUGUUAUAACAUGUACUCUUGUCAACCACCAUUACGUUCCCAGUCCCUUUGUUUUUGAGACAGUGCUAGGACAUAAUCUGCUUAUUAUCAUUACAAAAAUUACAUCCUGUUUAAAGUGAUGUCAUGAAACACUGAUAAAUACUGUCUGACAUUGAUUGAUAAAAAAUAAAAAAGUAUGUACAUUAUAA